AUGACAAAUAGUAACUCAUCUGCAUCUCAACCAGAAGAGUUGUGUCUCGUCUGCCAGGAUAUUUCCACCGGUUAUCAUUAUGGGGUUCCAUCAUGCAACGGAUGCAAAACCUUUUUUCGAAGGACGAUAAUGAAAAAUCAGACUUUUAUCUGUCAGUAUGAAGGGAAGUGUCCGGUGGACAAAAGUAUUCGGUGCGCUUGUCGACAUUGCCGUUUCGAGAAAUGCUUACAAGUGGGAAUGGACCGAAAAGCUAUCCAACAAAACCGCGAUCCUAUCGGGUACACAAAACGAACACGGCGAUAUCCACCGAUCAAACGACUCGAGAGCGGUUCCGAGGAGUGUUCGCCAAAGAGCAGUUUGACGAACCCCAACGAAUCCGCCGAGGACGCGUUUUUAAUGUACUUAACACGAGUCGAAGGACUUGCACAAACGCUUCGAUUAAGCCGGUUCACCUCGAACAGUCAUCUCAUUAAGGCUGUAACUUCUCCAUGUCUCCUAGAUGACGACGACUUCAUGACCAGAAAUUCCGAAGCGGCCCCGGAGCAUACGUACACUCAACUCACUUACGCCACACAAUCCGACUAUCACUACUGGCACGAACGUGACUGGUUGGUUAUGAUCGAAUGGGCGAAAACAGUGCCAGCCUAUGAACGGUUGCCGCUCAUCGAUAAGUUAGCACUACUCCGACACUCCGCAAUCACGUACCCGAGUCUCAUUCACACCUUUUUCUCGCCGGAUCAUGGCCCUGAUACAAUUGUUUUCCCCAAUGGUGCCUUCUUUGACAGAACGACUGAACCAAUGAGACCAACUGGGUUCAAUCGCAAGAAAUACCAAAUGCUCGACCAGUUGCUGAAACCCAUGCGAGAGAUGCAGAUUGACACUACGGAAUUCGCAGCUUUCAAAGCGAUAUUUUUCUUGAAUCCAGAUGCUGACGACAUCAGUUCCGCCUCAAAAAACAUGUUGAGUGAAGGACGUAGCUCUAUUACAAACGCUUUAUAUCGAUACAUGCUUCGAAAGCGGGACGCAGAAGAGGCUGGGGACAGAUUUGGUCGUCUUCUACUCCUUGGCACUGUGCUCGCCACAAUGGCCGUCGAAAUGAAAGAAGCCGUGUUGGUGGCGGAUUUUUUUGAUCAAAUCAAAUUCAGCAUGUUCGCUAAGCAGCUGCUUUUCGGCAUCAAACAGGAAUAA